AAUACCCUCAACGUUGACACAAUGGAGGUAUACAGCAGCUGCUCACUUUUUGCGAUUGAUAAAGACAAGUUAGGUUGAGCGGACUGACAGACUCUCGCAGUGUUGUGGAUGUGGACCGGCUGGUAGAACUGGUAGAGGUUAAGACGAUGGAAAAUGGCGAUGACAGUGUCCGGUUCCGCCGCCAAACUUUUUCGAAAAUGCCCUCUUUCUCAGACCCGGAUAGCUCGUCAAAUGGCGAGUGCAGUCUGGGGGGACACGACCACCAGUCUAAUGGAGAGAGUCACAUCACUAGUAAAGGGAAACUUGAAGUGGAGCAGGUGAUCAGCAAGAAGCUUCAACUGAAAAGGAAAGCAGAGCAUCUUAAGAGGGAGCUGUUGCGUGAGUUUGACAACCAGGUCAAUGACUUUAUGGACAGUCUUAUCGAGGAAUCGACCACCCUGGAAUCUGCAUCGCUGCCUCCUGUCUUCUCACCCUCUCUGUUAGACAAGAAGAUGAGCAGACUCGGGCAUUUACAACCUCCUCAUAGCCAAGGCAAGCAGUUUGUCAGCCGCAGGUCCCUCCUGGAUGAGUUGCUUGAGGUGAACCACAUCCAGACUAUCUACCACAUGUUUAUUGCUCUGCUCAUUCUCUUUAUCCUCAGUACACUGGUGGUUGAUUUCAUUGAUGAAGGCAGACUGGUGCUGGAUUUUGACCUGCUGGUCUAUGCGUUUGGACAAUUUCCUCUGGUGGUGUGCACGUGGAUCUAUAUGUUCCUGUCUGUUUUAGUGGUUCCCUACACCCUGUUCCACUUGUGGGUGCAGAGUCAGGCUGGCUCUUCCAGUCACCACAGGCUGUACAGUUUUGUCCUAGGUUCCAUGUUUCUUCUCUACCAAGCUUUGGCCCUUGGUUUUCUGCCCACAUAUGUGGCAGUUGUGAACAGUUUUCCACCAGCCUCUUGUUUCAUCAUCAUCCUGGAGCAGGUGAGACUCAUGAUGAAAGCCCACUCCUAUAUAAGGGAGAAUGUACCAAGGGUCCUGGCCUGGGCUAAAGACAAGACCAGCCCAGGCCCAGUGGUCCCUCAAGUUUCUCAGUACCUCUACUUCUUGUUUGCACCCACGCUUAUCUAUAGAGAUAAAUACCCAAGGAACCCAACGAUAAGAUGGGGCUAUGUGGCCUCAAAGUUACUACAGGUACUAGGCUGUCUAUUUUAUGCGUACUAUGUGUUUGUGCGGCUCUGUAUCCCUCAGUUCCGUAGCAUCAGUCUUCAGUUUUUUGACCUGAGGGCAAUGGUGCUCUGUGUCUUUAACUCCAUUUUGCCUGGAGUGUUGAUUCUCUUUCUGGGGUUCUUUGCCUUCCUCCACUGUUGGCUGAAUGCAUUUGCAGAGAUGCUUCGUUUUGCUGACAGAAUGUUUUAUAAGGAUUGGUGGAAUUCAACAUCUUUUGCCAACUACUACCGGACUUGGAAUGUAGUCGUUCAUGACUGGCUGUUUCACUACGUGUAUUGGGACUUCUUGUGGAUAUCCCGGAAGCGCUUCAGACCAGCGGCCAUGCUGUUUGUGUUUACAGUGUCUGCAGUCGUCCACGAGUACAUCCUAGCAAUCUGCUUCGGCUUCUUCUACCCAGUCCUCUUCUGCUUGUUUAUGUGCUUCGGGAUGAUGUUUAACUUCAUCCUCCAUGACCAAAGGAAAGGUCCCAUCUGGAACAUAAUCAUGUGGACAUCACUCUUCUUAGGUCACGGAGUUAUCAUCUGUUUGUACUCUCAGGAGUGGUAUGCCCAGCGCUACUGCACUCUGAAAGAGCCCUCUUUCCUUGAGUUACUACAACCUCGGUCGUGGAGCUGCAAGAGAAGUUUGAUGGCCAACUGACAAGCUGUGACCUGAACCGCAGCUGUGACCCGUCACUAUCACGUUGACCGGCAUUUCAGUUACUGCCCUGACAUUUGGUGUCUAUUUUUUAUUUAUAUUGCACUACUGUCUGCAUUCUGCAAACCAUACUGAUGCCUUACUUUCAUGUCUGCUUCAACCUGGAAGAAAAAAACGCAAUGUUACCAUGA